GUCUUUAUGUUUUGAUGUGACAGAUUCUUACGUCGGUGUCAAAGUAUGUCAGUUCUGAAUUCGAGGUUCGGCGAUGCGGAACCGUUGACUGCAAACAGCCGUGUGUAAAUGAAACACAUCCAGAACGCGCCCUGUACUAGAGAGCGUGUGGUCAUUGAAGUGUGACCUUGGUCAUCCAUCAAAGUGUGGUAAUGGCGUCACGAUGUGCAAUGACUUAUCAUCCAGUAAUUAUAGAUCGCCCGCAAUCGUUUGGCUGAUUCCUCAACAUCGGAGGGUCAUAUCAAAAAUUUACAUAGAAUUUUGGAACGUAAACAAAACUGGCGCUUUUGGUGGGAGGAAUUGGAUAUAUUUAUAAAGGUGAAAAAAUGAUGGAUUCGAAGAACAUACUUCUGUGAAGGAAUACUUAACAAGGUGUCAAUAGAAUUGUCCUGAGUUAUCAUUAUUGUGAAGCAGGUGCGCGCUUGGAUUAAUCAAACAAUAGCGGUUACAUUGGCUACAGGCGGCAAUGGACAACAGUGUAGUGGACGUGACGUCUUUAUUUGUGGACACUGAUGAGGUCAGUUCUUCCUCUCGUCCAACCACCCCCUCCUUGUUUCACCAACGUCUGAAAAUCAAUCAUGCAUCGACUGUUGCCCAGGAAAAAGAGGACAGCAGACUGGAAAACGCCCAGUUCAGCCGAAAACAGGACAAACUGUUAAAGAUUGAAAGGAAGAGAGAAAAGAAGGAACAAAAAAUGGAGGCUAAGAGAGAAAGAAAAGGACGAAAUUCAAAUCCAGACUUUAACACACAGAACGGUGAAGCAGCCCGUGAAGUAACCACCAAAGCCCCGCACAAACCAACUUUCGAUUUGGCUGGAAAUAUUGUGACCAGGCCGCCGCCUGUAAAACAGACAACCAGCGAUGAUGUCCUCCUCCCGGGAACAACCAAGUCUCCUCACAGCUGGCUGGAUGUCGGUCCGCCAUUGAUACUGCUUACAACAAAGUCCCCGGAUGCAGGCACCGCGGCACCCGACAGUACCAGAGUACCAGUAAAAACAACACCAUCCACCCCUGUCUCCACCAGAAGUUCCACAACCAGCUCCACCGGAAGUUCUGUCUUUGGAGGGCACAGUCCGCCCCCUCCAUCCUCCACCCCCAGCACUGCAGACCCUCAGGGUACGUUCAUACCUCACCCUAGUUCCCGUUCCCCCACCCAUACUAUAGACUUAACUCACGAUCUUAAUGAUAAAAUCAAUCUGAAUCUAAGAAACCUGACGGACUUGCACAACGCGACUAAUAUCAGUAUUACCAUUAAUGUAGUGGACAAAGGCGGACCUGACAACGAUAAACUAUUGGACAGGUGGAGGAAGAGGCAGGCCAGGAGACUGAAGUGUCCGAACGAGGAAAAAUAUUUUCGGAAUUCCCCCGAAGGAUACAGAUGCUGUAUAAAAUCAGCCAAAUGUUUCGAGAAUUUACCCGAUGACAUUGAUGACGUUUCGGAAGCAUCCAAUCAGAAUGCAGAUCCAGCGACCGGAAAUUAUUCAGAGGCUUGUGGGAAGAUCAACGAAUCGUUGGUUUGUAUGGCCAGCGUGUUGGGGAGGGACAAAUGUGUGAGUGCCGCGGAAAUCGUCAACAAGGAUCUGAGGGAGGAGCUGGUGAUGGUCAAGGACUUCCACAGACGCCACUGUCAGGGACUGACAGCCGGCCAAUCCACAGUCUCCUCUGUACCAGGUGGACAGGGUCAAAUGUCAACAUCCGGGUCCUCCUCCCUGCCGACGUCAGCUGUAAUCGGAGCAGCUAUUGGUGGAAUAUUUGUCCUCAUUCUGAUCAUCGCAAUUGUUUGUUUUGCUCGACGGAAAAAGUCAAGCCCUCCCAUGCAGGAUAAAGUAGCGUUCCAUCAUUCCCCAGAACCCUCCACCCGCUACAAGGAAUUCAUGAGGACCAACUCAGAAGUGUACGCCGAGAUCGACGAAAAACAUUUACAGAGAUCCUUCCGCGCAAGUGACGACACGACUACUUUUGAGAAAAUGGAAGGUAGCGGAGGAAGCACCGGAAGUAGGCCACUACCUACAGCGCCCUCUGGUGGGUUGGAUGAAGAUAAAGCGGGUUAUCUCACCCCUAAAUUAAGCAGAGAAAAUCUUAACGAUAAAACUGGCUAUGACGAGCUCUCUAACGUCUCAAUCAACGAAGGAAGUUGUGCAGAUUCCUACGAUAAAUUGGCGCGCACAAAAACUGAUUACGAACCAGAAGCUAUUGAUGGUGACUAUAUAACCCCAGAGUCUGAACCGACGGAAGAAAAGAAAAAUCCGGAAAACUCUCACACAUAUUUUGUGUUAGAAAAGUGACAGAUUUUUAUUGGGCAUUUCCUGUCCCUUAUUUAUUGUAAUAUGUACAUAUCAUUGGAUAAUUUGGUUUAUCUAUUUCGUUUUUGAUUGCUGAACAUCUUUGAAGAUCUUUUGAAGGUUGAAGUUACGGAUUAUUAUAUUUUCUCUGUAUAUUGGUCUUAUUUAUUGUCAUUUUUUGUUGGAGAACAACUGUGAUCGAGGUUUUGCGAUUUUAAAACUGGUGCAUUAUUUUUUAAGUUAUUUUCAGUGUAAUGUUUUAAUCUCCUGGUUACAUGUUUCUUUUGUUUGUUGAUACAUAUACAUGCAUUUGAUUUUACUUUCUGAAUAAAGCCAAUAAAGAAAAUGUAAAAUAA